AUGUCCACUGAAGCUGGAGUCACCGAGCAGGACGGUCAUACAUUCUCUGAGGAUCCUUUCUAUUUGGUGUAUGAAGAUUACGUAGAUGACACAGAUGGAAGAAUCUGUCCUUCUCAGAAUUUACAUUUCCUAAACAUCUCUAUCUCAAUUCUCUACUACCUGAUCUUCAUCAUUGGGUCAUUGGGAAACAUAUUUGUCAUCUUAGUAAUGAUCUGCAAAGAGAGGAGGAGGAAGAGACUGGUGGAUACCUUUGUGAUUAACUUGGCCUUUGCCGAUCUAAUCUUUGUCUUCACCUUGCCAUUCUGGGCAGCAUCAGCCAGUAGCAAUCAUCAGUGGAACUUCGGCAGUGUCUUCUGCAAGAUCAGCAGCUACAUUGUCGCUGUCAACAGGUACUCCAGCAUCUUUUUCCUCACCUGUAUGAGCAUUGACCGAUACCUAGCCAUUGUGAAACUACGGGACUUCAAGCACAUCAGAACUCAGAAAUACGCCGUGACCAUCAGUGUCAUGAUCUGGCUCUCUUCUCUGCUUCUGGCCAUACCUUCUGCCUACUUUCGAAAACCUGACCAGCUGAACGUGACCCAGUGCAGAGAGGACACGGAUUCCCCCUUCCUCCAAGUGUUCAAUCUGACUGCUGUCAGCCUGACCUUUGUCCUGCCUGUUAUCAUUAUCCUGUUCUGCUACUGCUCCAUCCUAGCCAAGCUGCGGAAUCAUUACGGCCACAGCAUGAAAGCCAUCCAGAGGCGGGAAAACUCCCUAAAAAUCGUCUUCGCCAUCGUGUCGGCUUUUGUUUUGUCCUGGUUGCCCUUUAACGUGUUCAAAACGAUCGCUCUGUAUUUGCAAUUCCGCAGCGCCAACCUCUCCUGUUGGACAGUAGUGAGCCGAGGUUUGGCUAUUGCUUCAUGUAUUGCUUUCGUUAAUAGCUGCGUGAACCCGAUCAUUUACGCGUUUUUAGACCGGAAUUUCAGGCAGAGAACUGGCUGGCUGACUUCUUAUGUUUUUGCCGGUCUGGGCAAAAGAAACAGCAGCUUCGGGUCUGGGUCAACACCUUCCGAAAGCAGCACCGUCGUUAGAAUACAAAGUCUUCUGUCGUACCAGUGAAUGCUAUCUACACACAGAGAAAUCUGUUAACAAAGGUGCCAGACAGGCUGGUUUUGCUGAUUAAAUCUGUCUCCAGCUAAAAUGUGAAAGGAUCUUCUUCAAAAAUAGACUUUUGCAAGCUUCUCAAUACGAAUGUAUUUGAAAAUUGGGGGAGGUUGAGCACAAGUCUGAUCGACACAAAGAGCAAAUCUGUUGCUUUGAAAUUUUAACUUGUGUUUGUACCUUAACCGAGUGUCUGAUGUCUAGAUUAGUUUGCUCUGUAGUCAUUGAAAGAACAACGCAUAUCAUGUAACCAACAUAUUUGGAUCGCUUUUAAUGUUUUGUAUCGAACUAAAUAAAC